GUAGUGCGCAGAAGCACUGUUUUUGCAGGCGAGUAUCAUUAAUACUACGACUGCUACUACUAAAGAGCGGCGCAACCUGUUCAGUCGAAGUCUAUCCAGAGGCGACACGCACACAAUGUUGUCACACUAUAUACGAGAAUCGUAGGCUUGUUAUUGUAUUAGAGAGUCAGGGUAGUGGGGGGGGGGUCUACACAGCCAGGGUGCUGUGUUCAUUGAUGCGGAAACAUUGAGUGAACCCUCGGCACGAGUGCGAACGCAGCCUACGUACGCAGCCGCUUUGGGUACGACGCUCAUAACAACAACAACAGAUUGAUUUGUAUUCGUCACUCUACGUUAGGAGACUAUUCGGCUCAUGCGUGAAUAGGGGGGGGGAUUGAGCUGCAGUCAUUCGCACAAUGGGCAGGUUACAGGAUACGAAGGGUCCGGAGGCGAGUGGCCGCUUGCCGCUGCGUGCGGUGUCGGGAUGAGCCAAGCGGACUGCAUGGCGGGAGGAAGAUUUAUCCUCUGCACACCCCUGUGACGGUGACGCUGCAGGCUGACGAAAGCGGGUCGGAGUGAGGGAGCCGCGUCGCGCGACCACAGAGAACCCCCCCUGCACCACCGACUCCCCCCCCCCCCCCCCACACCACAAGGCGCUCGGAGAAGCAGUGUGGGGCACCAUGGCGUACCUGGACCUCAAGCAGACCGCCUACCCGGGCCUCAGCCUCGCCACCAAUGGCAUGGACCUGUUCCAUCCCGCGCUCGGAUACCCAGCAGCCCCGCGCAAGCAGCGUCGCGAGCGCACGACGUUCACGCGCGCGCAGCUCGACAUCCUGGAGUCGCUCUUCUCCAAGACGCGCUACCCUGACAUCUUCAUGCGCGAGGAGGUGGCGCUCAAGAUCAACCUGCCCGAGUCGCGCGUGCAGGUGUGGUUCAAGAAUCGGCGCGCCAAGUGCCGGCAGCAGCACAACGCGGCUCAGAACAAGGCCCGCCCGGCCAAGAAGAAGAUCUCCCCGCGAGACAGCAACGCGGGCGACAGCAGCGCCGGCAGCGGGGGCCAGUUCACGCCGCCAGUGGGCGGCAACGCGGCCGGAGCUGCUGCUUCCGGUUCGUCGGGCAACAGCGCGGCCGCCGCGGCCGCAGCGGCCGCAGCGGUGUCUCUCUGGAGCCCGGCGGCCGUGUCUCCGGACAGCUUGGCCGACCCGCUAACCUCUGCGGCCGUGCUACAGCAGCAACAGCAGCAGCAGGUUCACCACCAGCAGCAGCAGCAACAGCAGCAGCAGCAGCGCUCUCCCUACCAGAUCACGUAUGCGCCCCAGCAGUCCGUGUACACGCAGAGCUACCCGGGCUCCAGCGCUUACUACUCGGCAAUGGAUUGCAGCGCGUACCUGUCCCCGGGCGCCGGCGGACUGAGCCCCAUGGCGAGCGCCGUGUCGGCCGGGAUGGGGCCCGUGUCCCCGCACACGGCGCUGUCGGCGCAGGCGUACGGCGCGGCCGGGCUGGGCUUCGGCACGUCGGCCGACUACCUGCAGGACUACAAGGACCAGAGCUCGGCGUGGAAGCUCAACUUCACGCACGCCGACUGCCUGGACUACAAGGAUCAAAACGCGUGGAAGUUCCAGGCGCUCUAAGACGGGCACGGGGGGAUCGUAGUGACGCGCGUGUCCUAGGAGGUAGAGCUUCGUGCUGCGUUAUGCCCGCGCGUGGUGUGUUUGUGCGUACGUGCGGCAGCCUAGACACGCGACCCGCGCACGCACGUGGCGCGAGGAGUGACCGAUGCGUGUCGUUCAUGUGAAGUUGGUUAAUGUCGUCCCGUGGUAUUGCGAGUUGCCGGCCUGUUGACCGUCCAAAGAGAGUGGUGGAGAUUCCGUGUUCUUGCAGCAGGGAAUAUUGUCUCUAUCAGGAACAGACAGUGUUGAUUUUCCAGUGUUAAGUGGUGCGGCCCCACAAGGUGGAAUUCACUUUACUGACCUCCGUGUGAUGAUUGAUGGCGUGAACCUAGAUAUAAACAUGCUUUAUUAUCAUACGUUAACUUGUGAUUUCGCCAACUCAUCAUCUUUUGAAUUCGGGGCCAAAUCCCGAGUAUCGUGCAGAGCGGACAAAUAACUCUGCCCCCCCCCCCGCCUGCCCUGGAUUUCAAUAACGACUGACUUAUUACAAACCUCCCCUCCAUAUCUAAGAUCCUUGAAAGCCUCUCUUUGCCUGGGCUCAUAACUAAUUACGCCCUAGUCUCCCAUCUUGUGUUUUCUGCAAUCGGCGUGUCGGCCUGCUCACUCGACAGAAGCCACGGUGAUUAACAACGGUAACAUGCCCAUCACCGCGGCUUUGCUGUCCCAUUCGCCCGGCGUUUUGGCAGCCUUUGACACCACAAGGCGCGGUGUUUUGCAUGAACGCCUUUGCCAUGACUUUGGUGUUUCUGGACUGGCCCUUCAUAACCGAUUGUAUUUUUUUUUCCAAUAGCCUGAUUACUAAUCUAGUAUAUAAUUACAAUAACCCCCCCCCUCAAAUAUUUGCACCUGAUGAGUUAAUGAGUUAAUGAUGACGUCACCCUGCUGCUGCUCUAUAUAAGAACGGGAGACAGAGCAGAGCCUCAUCAUUCUGGCGAAUUGCCCGAUGAUGCUGGAUGCAAUUACCAGCGAAACGUCGUACUACUCAAAUUGUAAAUUGUUGUGGUUUCACGCUUCAACACACCGGUGGGCUAAAGCAGUGAACUAAUUGUCUUUUGUCAACGUGACACUUUUUUACUGAUUGGCCGUGUCGGGUGGUGGAGGGUUACGACACAUUUAUAAAUAACGCGAUCUAAACCCAAAAACGUUGAUUAUGAAUAAUAUUGGUCGCGAAAGCCUACGUGUUAAAAUGUUAACUGCCUCGCCUUGUAUACAGAAGGCCAUGGGUUCGAUCCCGACCCUGACACCUGUUGUAUAUUUGGGGUGUGCGUGUCUCUCUCCCUGUGGUCGCGUCGAAUUUUUUCUCCGGGUCCUCCGGUUUUUCCCUCCACAUUUGGAAUCAACAUGUGUUCAAAAUAUUUCACUUCUAUAAAAUUUCCACGUGAUGAUAAGCCACUUCGUUGAGCUAUCAUUUGUGGCCAGGUCACUUCUGAAAAAGAGCUACAUAGCUCAGUGGGCCUUACCUGGAAAAUAAAAACUGUUUGGUUUUUAAAGAGUUUAUAGUUUAGUUUCAAAUCCAGGAGUCCUCCUCACCGGGUUCUGUUGUUCCCAGACCCUUUCCUCUCCACCUUCAUCUCUCCAAGCGGCCUCCUCCUCCUCCUCGUCAACCCUGACACUUGAACCAGGCGAGGAGAUCGUCGCUUCUCUGUGGCAAGCUCCGGUCACCUGGUAUUCCCACUCUCCCCUCUCACCGUGCCACUCUUUGGCUUCGCUAACGACCUUUGUCAGAGUCUGAAGACUCGUUCCCCUUUCCCGAAUUCGCCUCCCGCACCUCUGAAUGACCUUUUUUUAAGUUCCACUUGUAUGUUGCUAAUUUGUUAAUGAAUUAAAAGAUCUGAGUCCGUAGCUGUACCACGUGAGCUAUCCAGACCACCAUAAGCGACGUAACAAUUAACAAAUCCAUUCUAAUAAUUUACUAAGGAGGGUCUCAAGACCAGAAGGUGGUCGUGCAAUGGGAUGUUUUGCUAAUAUAGUACAGCGAGCGUCUGGGUUCAUGCGGGGAGGAAAGCAGAGCACCCGAAGAAAGCCCACCACCACGUAUACGAGGAGGAGGCGACACUGUGCCCUGCGGUCUCUCAAAACCUCGCGCCAGGACUGGAUAUCGCCCUCUUGGUGCGAGUGCAGACAAACGAGUCUCUCUGAACAUUCAAAAACACUAUCGUAGCCAAUCAGCGCCGCUCGUCAUGUACAAGCUGUGUACUCGACAAAACGCAAACUGUGACAACAUCGGAGAAAAGACCGUUACGUUUAUAUACUGUGGUGCAUAGGACGUCGAUCGUCAACUGUUGUGGAGUACUGUCGAGUUUGGGUGACAACUAACACCAUACAAUCCAUCUAACAAGUGUGGAAGAACGGGAUAAUGUUUGUCGAAGUUUGGAGGCGCUAUAUCUGCAACAGCAAAUGCCGUUGUCAGGUGAUAUUUUACGCUUAUGUACAGAUGGUGGGUAGGACGUCUUGAGAAAGAGACCCUGUAUCCUGUGCAGGCGGACUGAUACAUGUACUGAAUUGCGUGUGUAAGAAUACACAUUCAUGCAUGCAUGUAAUAUAUUCACCCUUUCAGCCACUAGAGGCUACCACUUCUGGCAAUAUUUAAAAUGACAAUUUAUUCUUGAAUCGAAUUGCAAUCCUAAAAUGUUGACAUUUCGUGGAAUCGCCAAGGAGGCAAAUAAGUUACACCUCCGGUCAUCAUAGUCACAAUUAUCGGCCAAGAUAAAUCCACUGCUGGAUGAAGGCCAUCCAAAUCCGCCAUCAUUUCCCUUCUUUGUCUUGAUGACUACAAAUUAAAUGGUGUCUAUCACGUGCUCCAACGUGCACGUGCAGUGGCACUCAUCCGUUCAUGUCCCACAAAGUGGUACGUAUUUUAUCGACCCCCUCCCAUCCCAGAGGGAUGAUGGUUUGAGUAAAGUACCUGGCUGCAGUGACACCUGGGAGAUUUAAAAACAGGUUAGAAAAGAAGUCGCGCACACGCAUGGAUUACGGUCACACUUUACAACUUGCGAUUGUGCUAACGGGUAUCUCAGUGCAAAAUUGGUUUACAUAUUGCCUAUUAGUUAGUUUUGGUCUGACUUGUAUCUUCGUGUUUUUUGGGAAACGCUGUGAUGUAUUUCGCCAGUUUUUCGAUAAGUCCCCAGCAGCAACACCACUUUACCCCACAAGUUUGAUCGUUAUUGAAGUUCGCAUGACCCUCUGUCACCUUCAACCUUCGUUGGAAAUGGUUUAAAGGUGCCACCAUGCAUGCACAUGGCUUUCAAUCACUUCCGCAUCACCCUGCCCUGAGGGCGAACAUUUGUAAUAUAAUACUUAUGUGGGAGACCACUUUUCUAGAGAGCAUGAAGACAGAAGUGGGUGUUCAAGGCAUGCUGUUGAGUGUUGGGCUAUUGAAGUGAGAUGCUCAUUGAAAGUGACUGAUGCAUCUUUGUCAGCUGACAGGACUUUUUUUUUUACUGCCUCGAGACAUUUGGAAUAAAACUGGCGGUGGCCCAUUUUCAACGUCAUGUAAUUGGUGAUAAAGUUGAAACAAUUAUAAAUUGCCCCAAACAGUUUAACAUACAUCCUGUUAUUAUUGUGCGCCAAUCAUAACAUCGCAGCCAUUGGGUUUUCAGGACCACCGUGACGAUACUGCCAGGAUCACGCGAGCAUAGGCUGCACUUUUUGUCACACAGUCGUAAGAGAAUGACCGAUCACCGAUGAAGGCGUGUAGUGGCGUCCGCUGGAAACUCCUGUGUGAAGCGACGUCACAGCUGUGCUAAGCAUUCUGGGCAUUUCCAAGAUGGCCACGCGUGGUGUGGCACGCCCUCGUGGGACGCCAGCAUUGUGCGAUGGGAAUUUCCGUCGAGACUAAAUUGUCAAAGCGGCUGAACUUUACGCGACGGUAGGCUGUGGCGGCGUACUGCAAGACGUGAUUCUCGUGUGUAGCUGUGUGCGUGAGUGAUGCAUAGGGUGUAAAAACCGAUAUUGGUGGGCACAAGGGGCGAUGGAAAGCAAGCGUCGUGAAAUGGUGGUGACACCUGUAUUACGGAAGGCCAUGGUUCUGGCAUGUCAUUUUGACGCCGAUAAGACAAUUGCAAAUAUGUAUCAAGGGAUACAGAUUCCUAAAAGAAGAGUGCCAGUAUAAUUGACUUCACUUUUUAAACGUUACAAGAUCUAAGCGUGCGGCAUAACUUUAACGGUAGACUGGUGGAGAAAAACGGUAGUCUAUGUGGUUAUUUUAACCAGUCUCAGCACGUUUUGAAUCUCCAACACACAUGGGACAUGUGGGGACAUGUAUAUUACAAACAAAUGAUGUUUUAAAAAUGAAACGAAUUAGUGUAAAAAUGUCCGUGAAUUCAUGUUAUAAUUUAAUUACGGUGUUUGGUUCAUCGUGAAGUGCGGGAUGGUGGAGCUAAUAUUUAUAUAUAUAUUCCAAAUCGAUGACAUUUUCGCCACUGUUAUCCAGCGGCGUGGCCGAACAAGAGUUAUAACGUGACGGAGAAUGAGCAAACACUCGCAGCUGGGUGGGGGGGUGUGUACGAAGCAUUGCUCUGGUGACCUGCAUGAAUCGCACCGAACGUGCAAUAAAUGUCAACAGAUCCACAUUUACGGAGUGGGAUGAGCUUGGACGACGGCUAAUAAAGAGGACAUAGCAUGGGACUUGCAACAAGUUUUUAACCAAGUGGUAGUAUUGUAAUAAGCAAACAAAAACAAAUAUCGACAAAAGCUUGCAACAUGUCGCUGUUAAGAAAAAGUUGAAUUUCUGUAUUUUAUGCAUACGUUUAUAGACGGUUAAAAUAAGUCGAAAUAUUCGGGCGUAUAUACACUAAAUUGUAUAUAUGUCUCGAUAGAAUUCACGUCCGUUGAUCUUAAGUUUAUUGUAUCUUUGUAUAUUAUUGUGUACUGUUCGUUAUUUAUGCCGUAAACAUGUCAUUUAAGUACCCUCGAAAGCCAUAGAUGUUGUAAACAUAGACUUUGUUCGUACGAGUAUUUAUAAAUCGGUGUGUAUUGGA